CAGCCUUGGAGUCAGCAUCAAAACUCAACUGAAGGCCAAAUGCCCAUACCUUGCCCUCCCCAGCCAUCCUCCUGAAUUUCCUCAAAUGAGCAUCCUGGUUUAGAAGGGGGGGAGGGGAAGCCUUGUCACUGUUAAACAAUGGGGCAAUAGUGAGUUUUGCAGAGUUUCUGCAAAUCACCUAAACAUGUAACAGUAGAUCCUGGUUAAAUACGUUCUGACUCAUGAGACAGCUUGAAAGAAAGCCAAAGUAAGUGGGCCCUCGAGGAGCGGGAUAAUCAGGCAAACAUUAGGAUUUCAGUAAAGGCUGAAAUCAUGGAUUCCCUGGGGGAGAGUGAUGAAGAGGAUGACAUACAAAAACCACUACAGUCUCAUGAAACUUACUUAUGUCAAGGCUUGAAACAGCUAUACCAGUCUCAGCAACUCUGUGAUGUCACCUUGGAUGUUGAAGGAAGAAGCUUUCCUUGUCAUAGGAUGCUGUUGGCAUCAAUCAGUCCCUAUUUCAGAGAGGUCUUCAUCCACUCCAACAAUGAAUCACAAAGUGGGGAAAUCCAACUCAAGGAUAUGGCUGCUUCCACAAUUCACAGCCUGUUGGACUAUCUUUACACAGAGGAGCUGCAACUCACAGCAGAGACUGCCCAGGACCUGUUCACUGCAGCUAGCAAGCUCCAGAUCCUUCCUCUGAAAGAAACAACUGGAAGGUUUCUGGAGUCAAACAUCUCCAUGAGUAAUUGUCUCAGCCUUUACAAUCUGGCUCAUCAGCACAAUCACCAAGCUCUGAUCCAAGCAGCCUCAGACUACAUCAAGCAACACUUUGGACCUCUUUUUAAGCAGGAUGCUUUCCUGAAUCUGGAACACAGUGCCUUGACCAAUCUCAUUGCCUCAGACAGCCUGGAAGUGCCUUCUGAACUAGCCAUCUAUCACGCUGUGCGCAAGUGGGUAGAGUUUGCAACCUCUGGGCGUCUCCCCUUAUUUAAGGAUCUCCUCAGACAUGUCCGCUUUCCACUACUCACCCGCGAGGAGCUCAUUGAUGUCCAGGCUGACAUUGCAGAAUAUUACAGGCAUGUGCGCCUGAAGUGGAAAGAGUUGGAUGGAGCAGGGAGGCUGCAAGAGAGUGGUGGGCUCCGGAAGGGCAUGUACGAUGACUGUUUUGUGUGUGUGGAGGUCAAUGGAAACAGAACCCAGGAUGGAGAUGAGCAUGAAUCUCACCUGCACUGUUUUGAUCCCCAGGCAGAGAAGUGGGAAAAGUUGCCACCCUUGAACUAUCUUAGUUAUUCUGGAUGUGCAUCCAUGGACUGCAAACUUUACUUAUCUGGAGGUCAGAAGGACAAUUGCACAUUUGUCAGCACUCUGCAUGAGUACGACUCCCUGACCAGCCAAUGGACACAGCACCCAUCCAUGUCCACAGUCCGGGCACUCCAUCCCUUCCUAGCUUGUGAUAAGAAGCUCUUUGCUCUGGGAGGCUGCAAUGAAUCAGGUCCUCUCUUUUCUGCAGAGGUUUUCACUGUGGCACAGAAUGCUUGGGCUCCUAUUUCUAAUUUGCCCCUUGCCUUGAUGUAUCCUGCUUCAGCUGUGCUCAGGAAUAAGCUUUAUCUCAUAGGUGGGAAAGCCUCCAGGAGCUACCGGGGCCUUCUUAUCUAUGACACAAAUACUGACUGGUGGACUGAGGUGUCCAUGGAGUUUGCAUGCUAUGGAGCUACUGCUGUCUCCUUUGGUAGUGGGGUGUAUGUUUUUGGUGGAUACACAGAGGAACGGGGCAAUUUUUUGGCCCAUGGUGCAAUGGCCACUGAGGAGGUUCCUUCCUGCACUAAAGGGAGCUUUUAUCUCUGUGAGAAUGGCAGAGUGAGCUGGGAAGUCAGUAUACCAGAGCUGCCUAUGGCUUUAGCCUUUGCUAGCGCUGUGGAGUGGCAAGGUAAGAUUUACCUCUUAGCAGGCAAAGAUGAGGAUCGUUCAUAUAACACAAGCUAUAGCUGGGUACCAGAAGACACAAGCUGGACUCGGUGCCCAGAAGAAAUCCCUGUUAGCAAUGAGGCACAAAUUGUCAGCUGUGUCACCCUGAAGUUGCCAAAAAAGCCACUCCAAUUCCUUCUGCUAGAAAAAGCAGCAUCCUCAACUGUUGUUGGGGUGGAUGACGUCAAGAGAGGAGGACAGCCAGGAUCUUCUGUUAGACAGAGCUGCAGCUUUAAUUGCUGCUGGGGUGGAAGGUAAUCCAAAAGGCUUCCAAACAGUUACCUUAGUCCUUCUAUAUUCAGCCAAUGGAUUCCCAUCAGAGAAAUCUGUCUCUUCUUAAAGUAAGACCUUCCUUUUGCUGUCAGCUCUCAUUUAUUUCACUGAUGUUGCCCUCAAGAUAAUUAUGGUCCCCACUUCAGUGCUGUUAAUCCCUUCUUCUAGCUACGAAAGUGUUACAUCUGUGCUAGACUCUUAUUA